CAUAAAGAAAGCAAACUGUCGACAGAGCGUUGACGCAGAUGUCGAGAUGAAAAUUUAGUAGAAUGGAGUAAAUUAUUGAAGUGAGUUGAUACAACAGGGAUGCUGUGAAAAACACGAAGGCACCGGCCGGCGUUAUGGCGGACACGAAGCUUAAAAGAUUCUUCGCAAAAAAUGCUGAGAAAUCGGAGAAGAAAGAAAAACCUCCGAAAACCGAAAUAGAAGAAGACCAAGAAGACGUCAAGAGACCCGAAGACACGAAGAAGCCACUGAGCCCGGAGGACUCUUACGAAUAUUUGACGAAAUGUUUAAAAGCGAACUGUUGCAACUGUUGUUACAGUCUGCUGUCGUUCUUCAAGGAGUUGUUCAAAGCUGUUGGUGGCGACCCGAACAACAAAGUGUGUGAUGUCCUCGGUGAUAUGAGCGACCUCUUCCUGGCUAUAGUCAGCGACUUUUUCUUCUUGCUGAAGCGCUGUUGUUUCUGCGUCAUCGAGAAUGUUGUUCCUACAAAUAUAAAUUGAGCGAUC